UGUAGUACCAUAUUAGAAGACUGUACUCAAAGAAAUCUUGGGAUCGUCUUCACCUAGCAUGCGUGGCUUCUUGCAAUGUGUUGUUCACUUUCUUGCUGUGCAUCUCUUGGGCAUAUCUGGAACUUUUUGUGAUGGAACUGGCCGUCUGGAUACUAUAGGGAUACAACCUUCAAGUCGUGCGUAUGAUGGAUUGGUUAGGGUACUUGUUCGUGGGGAAGGAUUGACCGAGGGCAUGAAUGUGUUAAAGCUAAUGCAACAGAGGAAUUUGAAGGCACACGACUCGACUCUUGCGACUCUCUCAAUUGGCUGCAGCAAAAUUUUUGAACUCGACCUGGCAGAGGAUUUGCUGAAUGAACUUUCUGCUUCUGCUUCUCCAUAUCCAUAUCCUUGUAAUGAAUUUCUCCAAGCCUGUGAUAGAUUGAAGCAACCUGAGCAUGCCUUGCGGAUGCUGGCUAAGAUGAAAAAGUUAAACCUUAAGCCAGGUAUCCGGACAUAUGAACUGCUCUUUUCCUUGUUUGGAAAUGUGAAUGCUCCAUAUGAAGACGGGAACUUGUGGUCACAGAUGGACUGUUCUAAAAGAAUAAAAGCUAUAGAGAAGGAUAUGGCUAAAAAUUGUGUGGAGCACAGUAAUACUUCAAUGAGAAACCUGCUGAAAGCACUUGGGGCAGAAGGGAUGAUUGAUGAACUAGUUCAACGUUUACGUUCUGCGGAAGAGCUUUUUUCUCGUAACAAUAUUUAUUUGGGUACCCCAGUCUACAAUACGGCCCUACAUUCAUUGGUCGAAGCUAAGAAAUGUUUCAAGUCUGCUUUAUCAGUGCUCUGCUUGAUGUUGCGAGUUGGGUUUGAUCCUGCAGCUACUACCUACACAGUACUCAUGAAGCACACUGGAUAUACCUACAGCAUGCCAAAAAACAUUUUGAAGAAGUUGAUCUGCAUUGCGGAUCUAAGAACUCAAAUUGCGGAUCUAUGCCACCCACAAUUGGGAACUCAUCAACAAGUUCAUCUCCUGGGGUAUCUGGAGCCAUUGGGAUGGGUGCACAUGCAGCCAAUUGAGCUCCCUCAGUUAUCCCCACAGUCCUACACCGAGUGGAUAAGAGCGGGGGCGAGUAAACAAGGACACUGCAAGCAAACGUUACGGCUACCUAAGAUGGACUAUGAGAUGGUGCAGAUGCUGUCGAGUGAUCGCUUCCUCAGAUUUUACCUGGUCCCUUAUAACGGUCCAUGGAACUACAAUUUCAUGGGUGCAAAGCGCAUGACGAUCAUGAAGUACGGAUCAAGCUCGGGGCGCCGAGGGAGUACUCUCUCUAUCUCGAGGAGCACUGGCCCAUCCAUUUCUUGGAGGAAGGAGGUGUCGUCGAGGGGGGACUGGGAGGAUACUUGUUCUCACAGAGCACAGUGUCCGGUAUCCAAAUCUGACAGACAAGCACCAUCCUUAAACACCCCCCACCCCUACCCCACAGGGGAAAUUUUUCCAGGCAAGUCCCAAUUGCAAAAUCCAAUUGAAUAACUUGAGUAGAUGAUUAAAAUAAUCUGCACCAGUUGCCUACAGCAGGGUGAGAUUUUGUUUCUGCACAUGAGCAACGAUGGUUGUCUUCAGUGUUUGAUUUAAGAUCCUUUUUAACUGUUACAGCAACUAAGGCAAC